AUGUUGCGCCCCAUACCGGCGGUCGGCCUUGCAAGUGCGCUCAUCCAAACUAUCGACUUCUCCAUCAACGCAUUACGCAAAGACCAUCCCAUCUUCCAGCCUAGCUCACCUUCGACAACACCGCUCGUGGAAAAUGCAGCCUUCCUACAAGAUAUCAUACACAAUCUCUAUCGCCUGACCGACCUAAUUGACAACUCUGAGCUCAAAGAGCUGUACGACGAAAAAUCAGCAAAGAGCGCAAAAGCAGCCAAGAAACUUAGCGAGGCAGCGCUGCAAUUGCUGAAGCAUGCUGAGCUAGUCAAAGAAUUGACAGCUUCAUUCAUCGACGCGCUAAUUGCUGCGCAAGAGAAGGGAAAGUUUGGUGACCCGCGAUGGCCCACUGCGCGCGAAGCAUUAUUGAACGGCGUGUGGAAGAAGGCCAAUGUGACAGGUACAAAGAAGAAGUACCGUGCCCUUCGUCGCGACAUUGAGACGAGUUUACUGCUCGCUAUGCGCCAGUAUCUGGAUCAAUCCAUUGAGACUGGUCUCGCUCUGUUCAGCGGCGACGAAGGCGUGCACACGAAGCAUUGGGAAAAGUGGCAGAACCAAACCCUCGAUAUGAUCCACAGCAAUGAUUGGAAAAGCAGCAAGAAGAAGGAUGUAGAGGAGUUUUCCAAACAGGUUGAUGCGCUCAUCCAGGCGGAGAAGGAAGCGUACUUCCGCGCUACCAUCUUCGAGAGGCUGUGGUUCGAGGAGAUGGACGAAAGGAUGAAUAGCAUCGAUAGUUCCGUCGAUUUAGGGUUCGAGUGGGUGAUGGGAGACGGCUCGAGACAGGUUGGCGGUUUGCUGGAGUGGUUUACUAAUACGAGGGGCGAAGAAAUAUAUUGGCUCACCGGUAAACCGGGCUCAGGGAAAACCACUCUGAUGAAAUAUCUCUUCCGCAAUCCACUCUUGUUCCCACAUCUCGAGGCGUGGUCUGGUCAGAAACCCGGCAUCACGUCUGGGUUCUUUCUUUGGAACAAUGGGACAGAGCUGCAGAAGAGUUCCAUUGGUCUAUUGCGAGCCAUAAUCUACGAAAGCUUACAGGACAUGAUAUUUGGGCCCCUGGAAGAAGACGGGGUCAUUGUGCAGAACCUGUUCUCCGAUCGCUGGAAUGCAUUCCAAUCUUACGCUGGCGGCCUACACGAGUUCACUUUUCCGGAACUCAAAGCAGCGUUUGAGAGCUUGGUCGGCGAUGCGAACAAGAAGUUUCUCUUCAUGAUUGAUGGGCUGGAUGAGACGGAUGACUAUCCGAAGGAAUUGAUGGACCUCGUGUUCAGCACUUCGCGGAGAGACAACGUCAAGUUCCUGCUUUCAGCCCGGAGCUCACCAGUCUUCUAUUCGGCGUUUGAGAAUAAGCCUAGGAUGGUACUGGAGGAAUACACGAGAGAUGAUAUACAAACUUACCUGAUCAGAACGUUCGGCGAGGAACCAAAGUUGCAUUCGCUAAGAGGGAAGAUGGACGGCCAAGAGGAAGAACACAUCGUCGGGAUGCUCGCUGAAAAGAGCUCAGGAGUGUUCCUGUGGCUGAAACUCGCCACCACAUUUCUCUUCGAAAGUCUAGAGCCCGACUCUGAUUUCCUCGUCCUGAAAGAUCGCGCGGAGGGGCUUCCCUAUCUCCUGGACGAUCUGCUCGCCCACAUGCUCAGCAAAAUGGCUCCAGAGGACGUCGAAGCAGUUGGAAAACUGCACGCCCUCCUCUCACAUCAAGACAUAUGCCCGGCCAUCCUGCCUUUCUCCUUUGCCUUCACAGCCGAGACGUCAGCAACACUAGCCGCAGAUGUACGGCCCUUGACAGCAGUCGAGAUAAGUAAGAGAGUCGAAGACAUGCAGACCCUCACCCAACAGCGGUGUAAAGGAAUGUUGACCAUCUUCGACACCACACCACCCGAUCAACACGCCAGUACCGAGAGCCUGAGGAUAAGCUACACCCACCGCGCGAUAAGAGACUACUUCUUUGCAUAUCCCGGUCUACUCGAAACGAGCUUGAACAACGCGUCUGAACAAACCAACUGGAAUGCACCCCAACAAUGGGCGAACGCUCAUCUCUGGGUCCUCAAAACCCUGUCCUCUUCCAUGCCCAAACGCACCAGCAGCAACACCAACACCAACAGCUCCCGCGCUCCCCCACUCCAAGUCUGGACCCCACUAUCCAGCGCCCUGGAAAGCAGCCUCGAACUGCACACAGCCACAAACAAGUUCCCACUAACCUACAUCCACGCCGCCUUGACAACCGGCGUCUUCCUUGCCCUAAGAAGCGAAACCGGCCAUGAUCUGCCCCAAUAUCCCUCGUCUACCGCAUCAAGCUCCACCUCGACAUCGACCUCUACUACCUCCUCCGCCUCAGCAUCCACCACUCCAACAACCCUGACAACGCCUCUCGACCUGGCCGUCCUCCUCAACCUAACCGCCUACAUCGCACUCAAAGCCAAGGCCACAGACCGCCGAGAAGUCCGACACGCGCUCGAUUACAGUCGCGGAAUGAGAAAACGGAUGGGUGCUGGCGGGGAGCAGGUGUGGUUAUUUGGGGAGGGGAGGGAGAGAUUGAGGAAGGAGUUUGAGAGGGGGAGACAAGAAGGGGAAGCGCUGUUGGAGUAUUAUGCCAAGGCGGUGAGGUUUGGAGUUAGUAAGCCGGAGGUUGAGGUGCCAGAGUGGGUGUGA